AUGACGGACAGGGCGUCCCAGCAUUUGCCCGGGUCUCAAAACAGCAGCAACGAAUCCAGCACCAACCCGAGUCGAGCUCACAGCGUACGAGGCGGGAAGAGUGGAACACGGCCGGCGCACAAAGUCAAGUUUUCUGUAACAGGGGAUGAUGAAGAGGACGAUGGGUUUGUCGAGGUACACUCACCCGAGGCGAUCGAGACGAGAAGGACAAUCCCCGAGAUCAGGGUUCCUUCAUCUGAGGACGUGGCAGACAAUCUCCUCGCACCCGCUGACUGGACUGGCCGGACGAGUGCUGCGGCCGCUCAUGCCCAAGACCGUGCCAGUCGAUUGGCAAACCGGCUCAGCAACCCUACUCCGGGCAACAAGACACAGGGACUCAGUGCCGGGCCCCGGCCAAGCUCGACCGGGUCCGCGUCUCUUGUGCCACCGCCGCACCAACAGCAGGCAUAUGCAUCACCAAACUCGUCCCCGCCGACCAAGCCACUACGAGACUGGCUAGUCAAUGUCGAAGACAUCCCGCUCGAGCCGUUAGAUAAGGAGAGACGGCAUUAUCAGCUGCACGAUGAGACCACCGACGAUGACAGCGACGAGGAGAAGGGAAAGCCACUGCAACGGGACAACGAAAACUUGGAAGAAGCCAGACGGCUUAUCAGGACCUUGACCAGCGCCCACAACCACUCUAGAUGGCAGGAUCAGCCAAGGCAAGUUCAUGUCCCCCGUACAGAGACUCCCGCCGCCGACAAGCAUGUGCACGACCUGGAUUAUGUGCCGCCCCCGGACGAGUACCGACCGGGCGUAUUCGGCGCGAUCCUAUCAUCGAAACUCGCCAACCUCCAACGCGACAACACCACCCAACCGCGAUACCACGACGACCUUGCGCAGAACCCGUAUCGGCCCAGGGAUGGCGGUCAGCCGCAGCAGCAAUUCCACCACCACAAUCAACACCUGUACGGUCACUCUCGCAACACUUCGGAAGCGCACGACUCGUCGGCCGGGUCCUCGGGCAGGGCGACGCCAUCCAAGAGACCCAAGUGGUACGACAAAUCGCCGGGGAACCAGUCGACAGGGUCAAUUUCGGCGCUACUAUCCCAAGCAUCGAGCACGGCCGAGGCGUUUGCCGCGCCGGGGAGCAGUAAAUACACGCCUCGCCCGCCGCUGCGGCGGCCCAAGUCGUCGAACAGCAUGAUCGCGACGGCCGUGGACAUGAUCAAGCAUCCUGCUAAUCACUUCCACCAAAAAGCCGAACACCUCAAAGCCGAGCACCUCAGAGCCGAAGAGGAGAGGGUGAUACAGGACGUGGCCGAGAUCAUUGCGUGCCGCAAGUACCUGAAGAAACUGGCGCGGGCGCUGAUGGCGGUCGGGGCGCCGACGCACCGACUGGAAGAGUACAUGAAGACAUCGGCGCGGGCGGUCAGCAUCGACGGAGACUUCCUGUAUCUGCCCGGGUCGAUGAUCGUCUCGAUCAACGACAAGCUGACCAUGAGCACCGAGGUGACGCUGGUGCGCGAGUCGCAGAACGUCGACCUGGGCAAAUUCAAGGACGUGCACGCGGUGUACAAGUGCGUGAUCCACGGCAAGCUGACUGCCGAAGAGGGCACCGACGAGCUCGACAACAUCCUGAAGAGCCCGCCGCGCAACAAACUGCACUGGGUCAUUCUGGCCUACGGCGUCGCCGCCAUCGCGGUCGGCCCCUUCGCCUUCUCCGCUCGACCCAUCGACUUCGCCCCCUGCUUCGUGCUCGGCUGCCUCUUGGGCUUCUUGCAGCAGGUCGUGGUCCCUCGCUCCACCCAGUUCGCCCAUGUCUUUGAGGUUUUGUCGACCGUGCUCAUCUCCCUGGCGGCCCGUGGCCUCGGUUCCAUCUACCACAACGGCAGUCCCAUCUUCUGCUUCUCCGCCAUGGCCCAGAGCAGCAUCGCGCUGAUUCUGCCGGGAUACACGGUGCUGUGUGCCGCGCUGGAGCUCCAGAGCAAGAACCUGGUCUCUGGCUCCGUGAGGAUGGUCUACGCCAUUAUAUAUUCACUGUUUCUGGGCUUUGGGAUCCUAGUCGGCUCCGUCAUCAUGGGUCUCAUCUACCCCGGCGCCCAGAGCGACGUGACAUGCGAGAUGCCCUGGUGGUGGAACUCGAACAAUCUGGACUACAAGCUCGUCUACGUCAAGUUCAUCUGGGUGCCCAUCUUCGCCAUGUGUCUGGCCUUCAUCAACCAAGCCAAGUGGCACCAAAUGCCCAUCAUGACACUCAUCGCCUUCUGCGGACACCAAGCCACCUUCUGGAUCUCGACCCGCCUCGCCAACAACACGCAGGUGGCCAACGCCAUCGGCGCCUUCGUCAUCGGCUGCAUGGCCAACCUGUACAGUCGCUUCUUCCACGGCCUGGCUGCCGCGGCCAUGCUGCCCUCCAUCUUCGUCCAGGUGCCGAGCGGCCUGGCAGCCAGCGGGAGUCUCGUGGCCGGCGUCACCACGGCCAACGAAAUCACCGGCAAUUCCACCGUCGACGGCGUCAUCAGCAACGGCACCGCUGGCUUUUUGGCCGCCCAGGACGACGGCAGUGGCUCCGUCUAUUCCGACACCAUUUUCAACGUCGGCUUCGGCAUGGUGCAGUUGUCCAUUGGCAUUAGCGUCGGCUUGUAUUUGAGCUCCUUGGUCGUAUAUCCCAUUGGGAAACGGCGGAGUGGGAUUUUCAGCUUCUAG